CUUCUUCUUCUUCUUCAGUCACUCUCUCUCUGCUUCAACUCACCGUAACAAUGGCGACGCACGCUCUCUCCGCGCUCACCAUCCGCUCCUCCGCCCCCCAUCCUACCCCGCCUCUCUCCUCCCCUCGCCCCGCGCACCCCCUCCGCCUCCCCCUCGUCCUCCCCUCCCCCGCCUCCCCACUCCGCGCCCGCCGCCUCCGCCCCGUCGCCGCCGCCUCCGCCCCGGAGAAGGUCGCCCGCCUCGGCGACGAGAUCUCCGGCCUCACCCUCGCCGAGGCCCGCGCCCUCGUCGACCUCCUCCAGGACCGGCUUGGCGUCUCCGCCGCCGCGUUCGCCCCGGCUGCAGCCGCCGCGGGGGCCGCCGCCCCCGGGGCCACCGCCGAGGCCGCCGCCGCCGCGGUGGAGGAGAAGACGGAGUUCGACGUGGUGAUCGAGGAGGUGCCGAGCAGCUCGAGGAUCGGGGUGAUCAAGGCGGUGAGGGCGCUGACGAGCCUGGCGCUGAAGGAGGCCAAGGAGCUGAUCGAAGGGUUGCCCAAGAAGUUCAAGGAAGGGGUGUCCAAGGACGAGGCCGAGGAGGCCAGGAGGCAGCUCGAAGAAGCUGGAGCCAAGAUUGCCAUCGUUUGAUCUUCUUUCUUCCUUAAAAGAAUCGCUGGUUCUGUUUCUUGUUUUAUUACUUGUUUAUCAGGUUUUCUUGGGUUUUUUUUUUUUACUGUAGUUGAUGAUGUCUCUGGAUAGUUAUAUUUGUUAUCAGGAGCGAGUAAAGAGGUCUUCACUGAAUUUUCAAAGUUCUUUGUAGUCAUGCAUGUUCAUGGAAGCCGCACCAUCUGUGAAAUUCUGCGAAGGCAUUGCCCGUGUCCAUGUUCAUCUGUUUUGAGCAUCGAUGCUUAUGAGAAAUCAUAGCGCGAUGGUUAUGUGUCU